AGUUUUAAUCGCGGCUCAGUCACACCUUGAGGAGGUUAUACAGCCUUUUCAUCUUCUCUCCGCAUCACCUCAUGGCUUACCCGAGAUAUGGAGGGCCUGCAGCCUUCUGUCCUCCAACGCUUACGCCCCCCGCAGUCAGUGACCCCACGUGGGGAUUUUUCACAUCAGUCGCCAGCCAGGAUGGAGAGGUGGAUGCUGACGAGCUCCAGACCUGUCUGACUCAGUCUGGCUUCACUGGCAGCUAUGCUCCUUUCAGCUUGGACACGUGCAGGAUCAUGAUCUCCAUGCUGGACAAAGACUACUCGGGGAAGAUGGGCUUCAGUGAGUUCAAGGAGCUGUUCACCGCUCUGAACGGCUGGAAGCAGAACUUCACGACCUUUGACCGGGACCGCAGCGGCACUAUAGAGCGACUCGAGAUGACUCAGGCCAUCAACGCCAUGGGAUACCACGUCAGUCCUCGGGUCCUGGACGUCAUGAUGAAGCGCUACAGCAGAGAAGGAAGGAUCUACUUCGACGACUACGUGGCGUGCUGCGUCAAACUGCGAGCGCUCACAGACAACUUCAGACGCAGGGACAUCUUGCAGCACGGACGCGUCUCCUUCCAGUACGAUGAUUUCCUUCUGUGCACGAUGGCCAUCUGAGAGCUGCUUCCGGUGGACACACUGCAGUCCUGAGCCCCUCCUUUAGAGCCCGCCAGAGGACACCUCACUUCAUUCCAAGACAAAGUGGCGUUCUAAUGAAAACAGAAAAUGCAUCGUUUGUCACUGCUGUAAGAGAAGUUUAAAACCACAAAGCUAUGAGAACACCCUCACACACGAAAACACAGAUGUCACUUUUGGUUUCCGACCAUGUUGUCUGAGAUUUUCCACGAUACCUAACAUUUAGAAUUUUUCUUUCAUAAUUCCUUGCACUGUAGCCACUGGUACUUUUAUUAUCACCUUUUGCAUUCCCAAAGAAUCCUUGCAGUCAGGAUGCUCCAGAACAGCUUGGACUAGUUGGAAUGAUUUGAAACUUUUGAUUUUCUCAGACUGUCACAGUUUGCUGAAGGUUAUGGAUAUUUUUAGACAUGCCACUUUUUCUUGAAAUGAAAGCUGUUUUCCCUCCUUGUCACUUGUAUCAUCUCAUCUUAUUAUCAUUUGGGUGACACUUGUGUCAUUCAUGGUCCAAAAAAGAGAAGUUGCUGAUUGAAU